GAUGAGUGUGGACACAUUUUAUGCAAUGUCAUUCAAGGAUAUGACCGUACGUAACAAAUUUUAAGAAUGGAGAAUUUGACAGGAACGCCUUAGCGCACGGGAUCAAAGUAUUUUGAGACUAAAUAAUUUUUGUAAACAAGAUUACUUUGUUGCCCAUGCUCAGUACUUUACCCAACGUCUAUAAAAGGCAUCGCGAUUUUGCUUCUUCGCAUAACAUACUGGCUUUUGGAACUCGAAGGAGCAAAGCAAAUUUGAAUAUGGAUUUCUUACAGUUGGUGCUAUUUGCAGCAAUCAUAUGCAAAGCUGGUGCAGAUGUUGACCAAGCUUAUGUGCUACACAACGGAUCUCUCCCGACAAUUGGUUGCUAUUACCUGCCAAGAAACAUUCAAUGUCCACGAAGUGUGAUCAACUACAAGGUUUUUGGUCUAAACUACAAAGACAGCACCUCAAAAGUUGGCUUGAACUCAGUAAAACUCAUGAUGACUUCCCUUCAUUAUUUUAAAGAUGUUUCCCACACUUGCAAAGAUGCUGUUCGCGAAUACGCAUGCUCAAAUACGUUUGGACGUUGCGUCAAAGAUAAGCGCCAGAAAUAUGGUGUGGACGUAAAAUAUAACAUCACUCGUACGAAAUUGGCCUGUGUUAAAAUAAAACAAAAGUGCCCUCACGCUGUUCAAGAAGCAACCAUCAAUAACUGCACAAAUAUAAUGACAGAUUUCCAUGAUUUGGAGCAUUGCACUAAGAUACCGAAAAUUCGUGGAGAUUUUUGUCGAAAAACAAAGUUUCAGUUUCCGAAAUCUCAUGUGGAAUUUUACCGUUCAAAUAUGGCAAGAUUUAAUUUGACGUACACCAGUAUUGCACCUCUCCUCAAUUUUUCACCUUAUUGUGAUCAAAGAUUUCGAGCAAUCAACUGUCAAGUUUUACAAGGUCCAAUUUGUUCCAGUGACAAAACUCUGCGGAUGUGCGUCAUCAGUCAACAACAAUGUAUCGCUGAUAUAAAGCGUUGCUUAUUAGGGCCUUACGUAAGUCACGUCUCCAAUCUUCGACCAUAUUUCUUGACCAUGUGUGAGUUAUUCCCUGACGCUAACAAGGCAGCAUUAAUUCCAUUGCCGAAGGUUGAAAUGGACGAAGAAUCUACUUGAUAGCAACCAAGAGACUAAACCACCAUGUUUGAGAAGGAAAGCUGCCUUUUUUCUGUCAAGACGUAUUUUAGUAACACUUUUGUUUAAGCUUAAUUGUUUUAAAUAUGCUUUUAGCAUUUUUGAUCCAUAAUCUCGUAGUUGCCGGCUAUCACUAGGUUAUAAAUAGGAGAACUAAAGCAACGACAGAAUGUGUAAACAAUCGCCAGUUGCUGGAACAAAACAAUCACUCCUUGAAUAUAGCCACGAUUAUCUGUCAUUUAUAAUUUAUUCCCUUAAUCUUUUUAGUAAUAACUAUAUUCUGUUUUAAAGCGACCUUAGAUAAUUCAGUGUUAAGAAAAAUGUAAGAUUUAAAUCAAUGUACAUUAAAAGUAAUUUUCAGCAAAGUUA